AUGACAAACGACAUUAUUGCGGUCCAGAAGCGCUUUGAGGGUCUUCAGCACCAGUACUUGAAGCUUCAGCAAAGCAAGAGCAAGCUUGUUGAUUUGCUCCACGAGAACGAACUGGUGCUGGAGGACAUGAAGACCCUGAAGCCUGAGUGCAGCGUCUACCAGACUGUAGGGCCCACACUUCUUCCGCGUUCACAUGACGAAGUAAGGAGCGCGUUGACAGAGAAAGUAGGCUUCAUAAGGAAGCAAUUGGAAGUAGCUAACAAGCAGCUCCAGGACCUUGAGGGUCAACUGCGUGAAAUCAACAAGGAGCGCAUGCAGAUAGCCCGGAAUCGCGGGGCUGUGAAGGGCGCUUCUGCCGGCAUGUAA